AUCAAAUGCGGUGCAGUUUGUUUAACGUGUUACGUAUCUUCUCAAUUUUCCCUUUUUCUGUCUUACAGACCCGAUGGCAUAAUAUCUCCCUCUGCUUUUUAGCAGAACACUAAAAAAUCGAACGAAAACCUUUAAAUACAGGUUCCGAACAAUCAUAGACCGACAAGUGAUUAAUGCUCGUAUUUCUUCUCCGGUGACAGAGUAACAAAAAGUAGCGACAUGUUGUGCUCGCGGAAAUGGAUUGCUGCUGCACUGGUGAUCUAUGCCAUCUUCAUCGAUCAUCUCUAUUGCCAAUCAAUUGGGAAGAUUCAUGUUUUAGAUUCGGUUGCUCAUCUCCGUGGAAACGGUGUCAGAACUACUGUGAAUGGUGUCGAAAAGCGAUCGACUUGGGGUACAUCAGGACCAGUGCGAGUGACUCGACAGAUCUCCGAAGACCAAGACGACGAUAACGACAACGGCUCGUUGCCAUAUCGCCAUUAUGCCGCGAGCAGUGAUGAUGACAAUCAAUAUCGUGAUCACGAUUAUGACAGCACCUCUGAUGAUGAUGGCUUUGCGGAGGAAUAUCAACGGCGAGGUGGUGUCACCGGACCAGUGCAUACCUACAUUAAAACGGACAAAAAUGCCAACUUCAAAUGGGGCGUGAGGCACUUCGCUGGAAAGCAGUACCGAGGAGGGCGGAGGUGGCCGUAGCGUUAGCCUGACUAGGUCUGUUACAAGUGCCUCGAUGGCCAAUAGAGAUGGACUAAAUCAACUGCAAUUUUCAGCGUUGUUUCUUUUCACCGAUGGCUUUAUACAAGUUGGUUAUACACAGUUAUUAUAAUUAAUGACCGGUUUAAGUAUACAUUAUAUGAACCACAGUGAUGUUUUGCACUUCCUAGCAAAUCAUGUGAGCAUCAUGAUGUCUGAUUCGAUCAACUAAUUGCUUCGUGAAUUGCAUUUUGCUCUUCCUAAACUCUUCAUAAUUGUUUAGACAUGUUGCAUAAUUUUUCGAAUAGUUUCCAACAGUAAAUGAUAAUUUUGCAAUGGUGAGUACAACCGAAUAAAAGUACGUGUAAUACAUGCAGAUUUCUUUUUUAGAGUCCGGGAGCACUUCCACAGUUAUUAACUGCGAGAUUUCUAGGCCAAGUUACCAUUUUUGCAUUCGUAUAUCAUGAGGCUAACACGGUGAUACUUUAAUGCCCAAGGAAGUCGAGACAAUUUCCAAUCCGAAAAUUUCCUGACCGGGAAUCGAACCCAGCCAGUCUCAGCAUGGUCUUGCUUUACAGCCGCGCAUCUUACCGCACGGCUAUGGAUAGAGUCUUCUGUUGUUUCAUAUUAUGAUUUGAAAGGAAGUUAUAAAUUACACAGUUAGUACAUAGUAUUGAAAGUUUAGAGAAAAUGGCUAAAUGCAGGAGGAACUUUUCAUCGUGAGUAGGGAACAGCAUAAAAUUAGAUGUCAUCGCAAGGAGUGACAAGUAAAUGAUUUAGGUAUAAAAAUAAAUUUGACAGAUGGCCAUUACAAUACAACAAUUUAAUUUAUGUUGACUGUUGAUAGAUAUGUAACGUCAAUAUGAAAAAAAAGAUCAACACAAAAUAUUGCGGCCAGCUCUCGACAUGGGCAGGGUGCC